AUGCGCCAUUUUAACAAAGUAACGUUCGGGAUGGAAUUUCGUGCAGUUCGUAGUAUCAAGACUGGCGAAGAACUAUUCACUCACUAUACCGAUCCCUUCAUUCACACGUCCUCUCGACAAGAAGAUCUCAAACCAUAUGGAUUCCAGUGUAGCUGCGAGUCGUGUAGAACACCGUCAGAGUCUGAUCUUGUGCGAAUUCAGCUGCACGUUAAUGUGCCGAUGCUGGUCGAUUACAAGCGUCUCGUGGUCUUCCUCAUGACGCCCGGACUUCCAGAGAGCUACGUGGUCGACCAUUCCCUCCAACAGUUGGAAUUGAUUGAACGCGCGGGACUGGAGGGGUCCCACUUUUACUCGUUGCAUCUGAAAUUCCUGGUGGAGGCGUACUGCGCGGUAGGAAACACCAGGAAAGCUUUGAUAUAUUUGCAAAGAGCUGAGGCCCUCGAACGUGCAAAAUCGGGGGGAGAGGAGAAGUCCAUGAAGACACUCAUGAAGAUGGUAAAAGAACACUCAAACUGGGAAUGGAAGGCGAAGGUACAAGGAGCCAUGAAAGGUGCUGGAUUCUACGCUUGA